UGGGGCACUUUAAAGCCAUCUGAGUUUUAGACUAAAUUAAGGCAGGAAAUAUUCAUGAAAUGUAUAAUAAUUAUUGUCAGUAUUGCUAAAACGGUUUAAAAGAUAAUAAAUAAUAUUAAUAAAAUUUCUGACCUGAAGUUUAUUAAAAAGCGUUUAAAAAUGUCUAAAAAUAAAAUACAUACAUAGAUUUUCCCUCUGCUAAAGUGAUCAUAUUUCCUGUUUUUGUAUUAAACUCCUGAAGUCACCAGUGAAUGAGAAAUAUCAUGUUUCCUAUCCAUGAUAAAAAAAAAAAAAAAAAAAUGAACUUCAAAGACAAGGAUGGAAAGAAAAUGUUGUUUGCCCAGACGUUAACCACAUUAACCAGAGAAAUCGUCUGUUUGCUGAGUCUUGAAGGGAUUUUGAAGACUUGCGUAGGCUUGUCGUCCAUCUCUCCUCUGCAUCCUGUUACGCACGUGACGCGCUCACGCAGUGGAGCCUUUAAAAGCUGCGCCGCCCGUGCGCCACUCCGAGCGCACAUCCUCCCUUCAGGAGCAAGAGGACUCCAGCUCUCGAUCCACUAAAGGAUACAUCCUCUAUUUUAUAGACCAAACGAAUAAAAGGUCACCCGUUUUGGUUCCGUUUUUCAUCCAUUUGAGCCGCGUUACAGAGGAAAAUGAAUAAUCGUGAACGCUGGAGAUUUUACAAGAGAGCAACGCUCAUGUUCUUCUUGGCUGCCGUGACGCUGACUGUCGUCCAUAGAGGGAGCAUCGAUAUGAAGUCUCGCUUUGAACUGGAGAGGCAAGUUCGCAUGCAUGUCUCUGAUGGAGCGGAGCCAAGUGCUGCCCUGAAAGAGGAACCUACCUUUUUGGCUGGUGCAAAACAGUUCUGGAACAUCGCAGUGCAGAGGCAGAACCUCCACCACCAGCAGCAGUCAGAGCUUUUACCCACAGCUCCCGCUGGCGAGCCAUCAAGCACAGAGGGCCUCAGCCCGACCACUUGGGACGUGACCAGCUUGAACUGUAGUCCCAACCUCAACCUCUCCCACCAGCCGUGGUUCCAAGACUUGGCGAGCAACUUCCAGCAGUUCCUGCUUUAUCGCCACUGUCGGUUAUUUCCCAUGGUCUUCAACCACCCAGAGAAGUGCUCAGGGGAGAUAUUUUUACUCAUCGUCAUAAAAUCCGUGGCGACGCAGCACGACCGCCGAGAGGUCAUCCGAAAAACCUGGGGCAAAGAACAAGUGUUAGACGGGAAGAGGGUCAAGACUCUCUUCCUCCUCGGCAGACCCUCCAAUGAAGCAGAAAGAGAAAACCACCAGAAACUAGUGGAAUACGAAGACAAAAUCUACGGGGACAUUCUCCAGUGGGACUUCUUAGACAGUUUCUUCAAUUUGACCCUCAAAGAGACUCACUUUCUCAAGUGGUUCCACACCUACUGCCCCGGUGUACGUUACGUCUUCAAGGGAGACGACGACGUCUUCGUCAGCGUGGAGAACAUUUUUGAGUAUCUGGAAAGCAGCAAGAACGAAAAGAACCUGUUUGUAGGGGAUGUUCUGGUAAAAGCUAAGCCCAUCCGCAAAAAGGAAAACAAAUAUUACAUCCCAGAGGCGUUGUACAAUGAAACCUACUACCCUCCAUAUGCAGGUGGAGGGGGUUUCCUCAUGGACGGGAUCCUGGCCAGGAGACUCGAUAGGGCCGCAAAUACGCUGGAGCUUUUUCCGAUCGAUGAUGUCUUCCUGGGCAUGUGUCUGGAGGUGCUCCACGUGACCCCGACGAAACACAACGCCUUUAAGACGUUCGGCUUAGUGAAAAACAGAAAGAGCAGGCUGAACAGGGAGCCUUGUUUCUUUAAAAACAUGAUUGUGGUGCACAAACUGCUCCCACUGGAGCUCAUGCACAUGUGGGAUCUGGUCAACAGUGACUUGGUCUGCUCACAGAAAGUUGAACUUCUAUAGCGGAUAGAAAAUUAAGCUGAGCUUCACCUCAGUCAAUGCCAAAAAAAAGUAAAAUUCAGUACAGGUGAGGCAAACUUCCCAAAUCCCUCUCCUUUAUGUGGAAAGAGUCCAGGGGAGUCUUUGAAUUUGCUGAUUCUGCACAGCAAAACCCACCGUGGAGGAAUUUACUCAAACCUUGAGUGAAUUGUGACUUGUUGUUUUAGAGGGUUUAUUUUACUUUUGGAAGAACUCGAUCAGCUUUAAAAAUGCUAUCGGGACUACUGGGAAACCAAAGAGAACACUGUUUUUUUUUAUGUCUUUAAUUUAUAUUGUUAAAUAUUCAGCAAGGCUUCUCCAUUUGAGACAAAUUAAUCUAGUCUUGCUCUUGUCCUUAUCCCACUCUUUUAGGUCAGACUUUUUUAUUUUCUAUAUAUCUGAGGGCAUUUGUUGACACUGGUCCUUGAAACUGAGCCCAUUCCUGCGACAACACUAAAUGUAACUUUCUUAGGAGGAAACAUGUUAAAUAACUGUUUUAGUUGUUUUAUUAUAUGCAUGCAGAAAUAUCAGAAGGAAAGAAUCAGGUAAUUUAAUGGCUAAAAACAGGGGUUAAAAUCCAAAAUUCACUUUCUGUUCUUUUAGGUGCUAUACUCUUUAGAUAUAAGGUAUGUUGCAAUGAUUUCACUUUAGAUGAAGGCACAACUCUCUACCUCACUUAAGUCAGACUAAAACAUACCCUUCUCAUCGGCUCCUCUCAUAUGUACGCCCAUGGUUGAAUUCACUUUUGGUAUUCUAGAUUGUUUUGGAUUGCUUUGCUGUAAACUCAAACCAGAAUAUUUAUCAUGUUUCAACCCAGCUGUCUGUGGAUUUGAAUGUGCUGUACUUGAUAUGAAUUCGCCAGAAAGCUUACAAGACACUGUGAAGUAAACUUUUACUGGUACGGGCUUAUAGCAUUUAAGUUGUUCCUCCAAUGAGGAGGGACACACGGGGUUCUUACAUUUAAUUUAAUGCAACAAGAACACAAAUGUUUUUUUUGACGUUCUACAUGAUAAUCCGUAUGUUUAUUGAUGUAUGUGAGGAUGUCUAAAUUAUGUGAAUGUGUGUAAAAAAAUUGCAUAGACUGUAAUUUGUGAAUAAAAAUGUUUGAAAUAG